CUGUGGUGGGCAAACCUCACACCGGGGUCACGGUAACUCUGCACGGAGAGAGGCAAAGAGAGAGAAAAGGUAAACAAGAGGGAGACAGGUGAGGAAUAGAGAGAGAGAGAGAGAGAGAGAGAGAGAACAGGAGGGAAAACACUGAGCGGCUCACCCCUCCCUCGCCCUCAUUGUCUCUUCCCGUGUGUGUGAUCGACUCGAGGGAGGUGCUCAGAUGGAAACGGGGAGGAAGGGAGAGAGGGAGCACACACACACACACAGACACACACAACAUGAGAGACAGUCUGAUGAUCAGAGCUGGGAUGGGGGGCUCUGCUCUGUAGGUCGCUCUGCUUCUGGAGGGAGACGGAGAGGCUGGGCACAGGAAUUCCAGGUCACAAGGGUUCCUGUGGCACGGCACAGUCUCGGCCGAGUUGGGCUGGGCUGGUAUUUCCAAACUCUCCCUCUCACGGUCAUGAGCGUGACAGGGUGAGAGAAGGACGACGGUGGGAAUACACACAUCCAGAAGAGGAGAAGACGGAGAGGGAAACCAGGAGGCCGGUGUUUCACUCCAGGGGUUGACCUCUGGCCUGACCCCCCCAUCAUGAUGAUGGGAUCAUCUGAGGAGUUUGCCUGUUUGUUGCUGCUGGUUUCGACACUGGCCAAGAACCACUUGGUGUCAGGCGGUUGUUCGGGCAAAUGCUGCCGGGGCCGAGACUUGAGCUGUUCCACCACCGACUGGAGGAUGGACCGCGUGUAUGGGGAGUGCUACUGCGACGAGGGCUGCGUCAGGACCAAGGACUGCUGCUUCGACUACUUCACCGAGUGUCCAGCUCAGGACUGCGCCGUGAGCGACUGGAGCUUUUGGAGCGGCUGUGCCAAGCCCUGCCUGCCGUCGGUGCGAGUCCGCAUCCGCCAGGUAGAGCAGCGGCCCAGUAACAGUGGAGAGGCCUGUCCCAGCCUUGAGCAACGGGCCGGCUGCAGGGAGUACAGGGAUCACCAGGGCAACCACUGUGGACUCAACUCAGGUCCUGCAUUCAUCACCAGCAUGGAGUUUGGCAAGGGAAGGCCUAAGCAUGACAGCUAUGGAAACCCCCUGGACCCUGGGUUCUGUGUGGAAUUCACACUGGAGUCGCGGACGCCCCACUGCACCGUGGAGAACCGGCCACACACACACUGGAUGCGCUACAUAACGGAGGGCUUCAGAGUGUGUGUGGCAUGUGAACCUCCUGCCAUGCGAAACAAUAGCGGCAGCUGCCAAGGAGACGGUCAGGAGUCGGACAAAGAAGCGUCGCUCCGCUGGCAGGCGGUGGGGAACCCUCAGUGCCGCGGGACGUGGAAGAAGGUCCAGAGAACCCACCAGUGUCACUGUCCACCGCAGCACAGCUUCGUCUUCAUCUGAUCCGAACCAGAGAGCAGAGCUCCGAUCUGAUCCCUCAUCAGUGGAACUGAGAUAUCGCUCAGAUCUGAGGUGUUGACGCUGCAGGCUUCUUGUACUAAGAGACUUAAUACAUGUGAUGGUGGCGCAGUGCAACUAGAAGUAUGUUAAUAUACUUCACAUAUCACACAUGAUGUAAAAGCAUUUUUCAAAUCACCAUGCACAUUUCCAUUGUUCUGUUUAAUGUAGCAUACUGUGUAAAGACACCACUUCCAACACGCAUUAAAAACCUGUCAGUUGUUUUUUGUA